CAGAGCCAAGCAGUGUUUUAUGGCAAUAACCUUCCGUUGACACAGACUAUGUAGGACUGACUGUCACUGAUCUCCUCCUCCUGCUACUACGGCUACGGCCGUCGCUGCCGCUGCCGCCGUCCUCUGCAAACACCUCUGACCCACCGAGACCGCCUGGGGUCGUUUUUUUCUGUUCUUUUUUGGUUUUACUUUACUUCUGCUUUUUUUUUUUUUCGAGGAAGGAGACCCCGCGGGCAACCUGCUGCGUGCGGGUGUCUGUCGCCGGCAGUGAUUUGUAGUUUUUCUGCUCCAGUCUUCUUCUCCCCCUUGGAUUAUAAAAGCGCUCGCGGGGAAUUUGUCGCGCGGAGGACAGAGACGCUCGCGGACAACAUGAGCGCGACGGGGCAGUUUGUCACCCUCCUCGCCUUCGUCAUCAUGAUGGCCCCCGACGGAAAAGCAGAUCGCCACCUUCCUGCACCCACAAACCUUUCUUAUAAGUGGAUCGAUGGAUUUGUAGUGAACGUGACCUGGUCUUGGCUGAAGCCCGAGGAGCUGCCGCAGAACUGUUCCGUCAAAUAUGAGAUAUGGCAAAUGGACAAGCAUGUCGCUGAUGUGAAAGAUAGACAUUAUUUCGAGGACUAUUAUCUCACCAAAGAUUUGGCCCCCAGCGGCGGGGUGCUCGACAUUCACUGCAAAGCCAAAACAGACUGCAAAGGUUGGAGCGACAGUGAGCCUGCAAAAGCAAAGAUCAGUACAAACAAGAGACAUGAUGAGUUGGUGAAGGACUUCACAUGUUUGUUCCUGCCCAAUGGGUUCAACUGUUCCUGGCUUCCAGUUAACCCCUCAGAGAAGCUGAAGGUGUCCUACAGGGUCAGCGGAAAAACCAAGGAGGACAUACAAAGUUUAAAAGUGUGUGAAAAUCCUUACCCCAUGAACGGGAAGCGUGGGUGCGAGCUGCAUACUGACAAGGAUCGAGAGAUCUUUGUGCUUGUGGAGACCAAGAAAAGGAUGAACACCUUCAUAGCUCAAUAUGCAAUAUCUGUGCCUCAAAUGAGUGUGGAGGAGUCUGGGUCUUUUCUCGAUCUGACAUGGACAAGUCCAAAUGUUGGACAGAAAUGUACUUGGCGCACAUGUGUCUGGUACAAAGAAUGUGGAAAAGACAAAGUAAGUUCUCUUGUGAACGCUGAAAUGUUUAUAUCCUUUUCAGGGGGGGAAGUCAUGAUACAACCGUGGUCCUAAACAUGUGGGUCGUGGUUCCUUUAGGGGCCAGAGUUAUGACAGGAGAGGUUCUGCCUGAUAUUCAUUAGAAAAAAUGUUUAGAAGAUGAAAUAAUCUUCAGAUGUCCAUUUAGAAGUUCAACAAAUCAGUGGUUCCCUGGUUUAGAGGAUAUGGAAGUGAGGAGGAGUUCAUCUGGGCAAUUCUCCAUGGGUCUGCUGAUAUGUGACAAUGAA